AAUCUUUCUGUUCAAUCCAUCAAUAUACACAAUUCCAACGUAACAAAAAUUCGGUAAAAUAAGCUGGCUUUAAAGGUAUUAUCCUUUUCCAGUUUGUUCACCGGGUAUCAAUAAAUAGAUAGGUAAAUAUAGCUUUCCUGCGCUCUGGUGCUCUGUUUUUUGGAGCUGGAAAAAGAUAAGCAGAGAUACAGGAAGUAGAGGUUGAGGAAAGGAGAGAAAUAGGAAUCAUGGCUAAUGAGAGAUCCAUGGAGGAGGGAAGUCCACCAAAUUCUAUAGAAGAUAAGGAUGGAUCUUCAGCUGAUAACGAUCAGGCAUUAAACAUCUCUGUUCCUUUUCUGCAUAAGAUAAUUGCAGAAAUAUUUGGCACUUACUUCAUAAUCUUCGCUGGCUGCGCUUCUGUGAUUGUGAACAAGAGCACCAAGGGAGGUGUUACGUUUCCUGGAAUAUGUGUCGUGUGGGGCUUGGCUGUGACGGUAAUGAUAUAUUCCGUCGGCCACAUCUCGGGGGCCCAUUUCAAUCCAGCCGUCACCAUUUCCUUUGCCACUUGCCGGAGAUUUCUAUGGAAGCAGGUACCUGCUUACAUUGCAGCACAGGUGUUGGGAUCCACCCUUGCAAGCGGCACGCUUCGCCUUCUCUUCGGUGGCUGGCGAGAGCACUUUCCUGGAACAAUUCCGACAGGUUCAAAUGUCCAAUCUAUGGUUUUGGAGUUCAUCAUCUCCUUCUACCUCAUGUUUGUGGUCUCUGGAGUUGCCACUGAUAAUAGAGCUAUUGGAGAACUUGCAGGAAUUGCUGUGGGUGCCACUGUGCUGCUAAAUGUUGGCUUUGCUGGCUUGAUAUCAGGAGCAUCAAUGAAUCCUGCAAGAAGUUUGGGACCAGCAAUUGUAGGGAACCGCUAUGAAUCGAUAUGGGUUUAUAUGGUUGGUCCGAUAUGUGGGACGAUUACAGGAGCUUGGGCUUAUAAUCUAAUUCGUCACUCAAACAAGCCAUUGCGUGAGCUCACAAAGAGUGGCUCAUUUCUUAGAAGCUUGAAGAUGAAUGGUUCAAAAUAAUGUAUUGGUGUUUAAUAGAAGCCAAAUAGAUUGGUUUAUCUUGCUAGUUUUUCUUUUCUUCUAUGCUUAAAUUAUAUACUUGCCUGAAGCAAAUUGUGGUUUAAGCUCCAAAGAAAGGACACUAGACUUGUAAUUCGAUGAUUUUUUAAUGAAUUGAUAUUGAUUUCUCAAUA